AUGCCCCACAUGGUAUACGAGGCUUCCUCGGACAAGGAGUGUGAUGUUCCCCCCUCAUUGUCGGUUCUGGACGAAUGGCAGGUCGAACAGUCUCAGUUGGAUGACGGGGUUCACAACUCUUUUGUUAAGAAGAAAUUCCUGGGUGAGCCCCAGCAAAAGGAGGAGGAAAAUGUGGCGAAGGCCUCUGAACAACCAAAUAGUUAG